AUGGCGACCAACAGCGUUGUCACCUCGUCCACGACGACGACCACCACCACCGCAGCAUCAGCAUCAAGCGACGAAGACUUCAGCGAGCUGACCGCCCAACUGCGAGCCCAAUUCUCCUCCGGCCGCACGCGUCCGGUGUCGUACCGGAAGGAGCAGCUUCGCAAGCUAUACGAUUUUCUAGCGGACAACCAGGCCCUUAUCGUGGACGCCCUAAAGGCGGACCUCCGCAAGCCAUGGUUCGAGACCAUAAUGGUCGAGGUGGAUUUUGUCCUCAACGAGAUCCGCGGCACACUGCAGAACAUUGAGCAGGUGGUCAGUCGGAAGGCGGUGAGCAAGUCCAUUCCGACGCUCUUUGAUGACGCCUUUGUCUGGAAGGAACCCUACGGACUGGUUUUGAUUAUCGGGGCAUGGAACUACCCCAUUCAAAUCGUGCUCGGGCCGCUGGUGGGCGCCAUUGCCGCCGAUCUCGGCCUCGACAAUGAGACCAACAAUAAUCAGCUCAUCGAGAAGCCCCUUCAGUUUGACCUUAGUCACCAGACGACGACCACGCCGUCAACGCUGGCAACCGAAUCUACUUCCUCACCAAAGUCAUCCAAAGUUCUCCAAAACAAUUUAGUUGACACAACAGUCGGUGGUGGUGACAACGGUGGCAGCACUGACGCUUCUGCAGCCGUACAGCAACAUCAGCAACAACCACACUCAAGACAAAACAUCAACAAACUGCGAGCCGGUGAUCGCGCCUACAGUCUGCCCAACUCGGAGACAAUAGGAGCUCCCCUAG